AUGGAUGGGGAAAAUUGCACUUCCUUGAAAAAAUUCCUUCUCUUGGGAAUUAGUAGUAGCCUGGUAAUCAAAGUGACUCUAUUUACCACGUUUCUGGUUGUUUAUAUCAUUAUUCUCAUUGCAAAUCUUGGGAUGAUCGUUUUAGUUAGAACAGACCCCCAGCUGCACACACCCAUGUACUUUUUCCUCAGCCACCUCUCCUUCAGUGACCUCUGCUAUUCCACAGCCAUUGGAUCCAGGAUGCUGGUUGGCUUCCUCAUCAAGAACAAAUCAAUCUUCUUCUCUGGCUGUGCUCUGCAAUUCCUGAUCUUCUGUACCUUUGCAGAUUCUGAGUGUCUGCUGUUGGCAGUCAUGGCCUAUGAUCGGUACAUGGCUAUUAGCAACCCCUUGCUGUAUACAGUCAAGAUGUCCGGCAAGGUGUGCUCGCUGCUGAUGGCUGGGGUUUAUGGGCUUGUGGUUAUUGCCUACAUCGUAGGCUUGGUUGAUUCGGCAGUCCACACCUGUUGUACAUUUCGGUUGUCAUUCUGCAAUUCCAAUAUCAUCAAUCACUUUUUCUGUGACAUCCCACCAUUACUAGCCCUCUCCUCCUCAGAUACAUCCAUCAAUGAGAUUGUGAUGUUCACUUUUAUUGGCUGUAUUGUGGGGACCAGCAUUAUCACCGUCUUCCUUUCCUACAGUUACAUCAUAGCAACCAUCCUUAGGAUGAUCUCAACAGAGGCGAGACACAAAGCCUUCUCUACAUGUGCCUCCCACUUAACCGCUGUGGCUAUAUUUCAUGGCACACUCCUGUUCAUGUAUUUCAGACCCAGCUCCAGUUACUCCAUGGACACAGACAAAACAGCCUCUGUCUUUUACACAGUUGUCAUCCCCAUGUUAAACCCACUUAUCUACAGCUUAAGGAAUAAGGAUGUAAAAGGUGCCCUAAAAAAAGCAAUCAGCACUAAAUUAUGUUCUGGGUGA